CGAAUUUAGCCUGGACCUUUUGCCGGAUCUCCACUGCUCCAGAUGUCUCAACGGCAAGAAUGCUGGGGCCGGUGUAGCACGGGUGUUCGGAUCUGGCUACAGAGAGUUUCUUAGCUUUAUCGCUUUAUCCACAGAAAGAAUAUCUAUAUAGUGUCCCUCGCCACGAGGGUGUUCUCCUCGGAUUGAUCUGUCCGACUUCAUAUCACCCGCUCCAAAUUAGUGCCACCCACCAUGACUACAGCAAGUAAUAGCACUGUCAAUGGCUAUACAUGGGCUUGCGGUCUUUUUGCCGCAGUCGGCUCCUUGCUGUAUGGUAUCGAUUCUGGCAUUGUAUCAACAGUCAUAUCGCAACCUCAGUUUGUAAACUUCUUUGCACCAUUCACUCCCAGUAUCAAGGGAGCUGUGGUCAGUACAUUCGGCGCAGGCACAGUCUUCGGGGUUUUUUUCGCAGGAUGGAGUGCAGAUUACCUAGGCCGAAAGAAAACUAUCGCUAUCGGUGCCGUGAUUGCCUUGAUUGCUGGCAUCUUGCAAGCCGCCUCUACCCAUAUUGGCAUGUUGAUCGCCGGCCGAAUCGUUGGCGGAUUCGCAGUUGGCAUCAUGAAUAUGACCAUUCCGAUCUAUAAUUCAGAAAUCGCCCCGCCUCACAAACGUGGUUUGAUUGCUGGCUUACACGCUCAGUUCGUGGGUGUUGGUUUUGCUGUUGCCAACUGGGUAGGAUUCGGGUGUUCUUACGCCUCGGGUAGUUUUCAGUGGCGAUUCCCAUUAGCUUUCCAAUGUGUUCCAGCUUUGAUCGUUUUGAUUGGCAUCUUUUGGCUUCCGUACUCUCCUCGAUGGUUGCUUGAACAAGAACGUGACGAAGAAGCCUUGGCGAUCAUCAAGCGUCUUCAUGGUCACAAGGGCGAGGAUGAUACACUUAUUAGAGCUGAAUUCUAUCAGAUUCGAGAACAGUUGAGGUUUGAAAAGGCCCAGUACGUGGCCGGAUGGUCCGAUCUCUUCACCAGGCGGAGCAACCGCAAGCGUCUUAUUCUUGCUGUGCUCGUCCAGGCCUUCACCCAGCUUAGUGGUAUCAACGUUAUCAACUACUACCAGACCGAUCUGUAUAAGGGUUUGGGCAUGACCGGGCACACCUUGACUUUACUUGCUGGUGUAUAUGGUCUUGUUGGGCCUCUGGCUAAUGUUGUCUGUCUUUAUUAUGUCGACUCAUGGGGUCGCAAAAAGACUCUGUGGAUUACCGGUUUCAUCAUGGCGCUCGACAUGGCUUUGGUGAUGGGACUUUCUGGCGGAUUUGGUCACAGUGACAACGGCGUCGCAAAAGGCUUUACUAUUGCGUUCAUCUUCCUUUUCUCCAUGAUCUACUCCCUCGGUUACAAUUCCAUUCAUUAUAUCUAUGUUCCCGAGAUUAUGUCAAUGGCGAUCCGAGCCCGUGGUUCUUCCAUCGCCGUUGUGUGCAAUGUCAUCAUCAAUAUCAUUUUCAAUCAGAUAUCUCCCAUUGCGUUUGCGGAAGUCGGAUACAAGUACUACAGCCUUUUCAUCUGCACUAACGUUGUCGGCGCAGUGACCGUAUUCUUCUUAUUCCCAGAGACAAAGGGCAAGUCUCUGGAGGAGAUUGGCCAAAUUUUUGGAGACGAUGUUGUUGUUGGGGAUCUGGAUCAGGUGCGUGAGAAGGUCGAGGCUGGUGAUGUGGAAAUGGUGGAGCAGGUUGAGGAGCGAAAGUAGUUCUGCGUUUAUCAACAUAUAUAGCGACUAGUCUAGAUAAAUAUUUCAACCUGAUACUUCAAACGUUGGAAGUGUUCUUCGGAUAACAUCAACGAUGGAGACAGCCGAGUUCGAGGAUGUUAAAUAUUUACAAAUCAA